AAAACACAUGGGGGGCCGAUGCUAUUUAUUGUUUUCUUGAAGCAUUCAUUUCUCUUUCGGCUACGGAAUAGAUCGUAUCUACCUGGUGUACUGGUUUGCUUCUCAAGACUCUUCGCUCAUUCACCAUUAUUAUUCCUUUCUCCUAUUCUAACCCUUCGAAUCUCUCUUCCAAGAACUAGAACUCGAACUCCACCGCGACCUCUUCUUCUUCUUCUUCCUGCUUCGCCUCCGAAUUCUUUUGGGUUCGUGUUUCUGUUUUACGAAAGCAUGUAAAUUGCCACCAACUCUGUCGUAUGAACAGAAAACGCAGGGUAAAAGAAAAUAAAGGCAAAAGGGGGGAAAAAAAAAAGUGCCCGAACUUUGUCACUGGUUUCUAUUAGUAUCAGCGACUGCGAGGCGAUUCUUUUUUGUUUGCUUAUUCUCUUUCCCAAAGUUGGUCAAUGGAUUGGAUGAUUGAAUAGGGGGUGGUGAAGCAUGUAAGAGGAGAUGAAGGGGGAGUCAUCUGGUUUGAUCAUUGGGAUUUCCAUAGGGGUGGUGAUUGGAGUGCUUUUGGCUAUUUUAGCACUGCUUUGUAUUAGGUACCACAGGAAGCGCUCUCAAAUAGGGAAUAGCAGUUCUCGUAGGGCAGCGACCAUCCCUAUCCGUACAAAUGGUGCCGAUGCUUGUACCAUAUUAUCUGACUCAACCAUUGGUCCAGACUCACCUGUAAAGUCUGCCCGUAAUGGCAUGUCCGUUUGGUUUGACGGAUUUAGGAGGAGUAAUGUGGUCUCUGCAUCUGGAAUACUCGAGUAUUCUUACAAGGAUCUGCAGAAAGCAACCUAUAAUUUUACAACUUUGAUAGGACAAGGUGCAUUUGGUCCUGUUUACAGGGCUCAGAUGUCCACUGGCGAGACCGUUGCUGUUAAGGUUCUUGCAACUGAUUCUAAGCAAGGGGAGAAAGAGUUCCAGACAGAGGUAAUGUUAUUGGGAAGGUUACAUCACAGAAAUCUUGUGAAUUUGAUUGGAUAUUGUGCAGAAAAAGGCCAGCAUAUGCUCAUAUAUGUCUAUAUGAGCAAAGGCAGCUUGGCUUCUCAUCUAUACAGUGAAAAUAAUGAGCCAUUGAGCUGGGAUAUAAGGGUUCAUAUAGCUUUAGAUGUUGCAAGGGGCUUGGAGUAUCUUCAUGACGGGGCAGUUCCUCCCGUAAUACACCGCGAUAUUAAAUCUUCCAAUAUUUUGCUGGACCAGGCCAUGAGAGCCAGGGUUGCUGAUUUUGGGCUUUCAAGAGAAGAGAUGGUGGACAAACAGGCAGUUAAUAUACGGGGUACUUUUGGGUAUCUAGAUCCUGAGUAUAUAUCGACGAAGGCUUUCACCAAGAAAAGUGAUGUUUACAGCUUUGGAGUCUUGCUCUUUGAACUUAUAGCCGGCAGAAAUCCUCAACAGGGUCUCAUGGAAUAUGUUGAGCUUGCAGCCAUGAGUACUGAAGGAAAAGUUGGGUGGGAGGAAAUUGUGGAUUCUCGUCUUGAAGGGAAAUUUGAUGUGCAAGAGCUCAACGAAGUGGCUGCUCUUGCAUACAAAUGCAUCAACCGUAUCCCAAGAAAGAGGCCUUCCAUGAGGGAUAUCGUGCAAGUAUUGUCACGGAUCCUUAAGUUGAGAUACAACAGAAACCAUCACAAAAAGUCCUUAUCUGCCACAGCAGAGGAAGUUACUAUAGAUGUCGACCAAUCAGAAACCAAGACUCCAAUCUCUGAACACAGGAGGGAUGAAUCAAUGGAUAGCAGCACAGCUGACACCUAUGAAACAUAGAUGAUGGUUUUUUCAUUUGUUCAUUUGUUUUGUUUCUUGGUUUUUUGGUUUUGCUUUCUCCUGUAUAUGGCAUAUGCAGUAUGGAAGGAGUUUUCAAGGCUAGCAGAUCUUCUGUUGUAGUUACAAUUUCUGAUCGAGUGCCUUUAGGAUUCGAGUCAGUGUUCCUUUGCAAAUUCUACGCAGCAUGGUUCAGUCCUCUUUUUUCUUCCUUUUCACCUUUUAUUUUUGUUUUCUUUCACUUUGGGAAUAUCACCUAUCUGUUUGUCUGUAAAUUAAAUGCUUAAGAAAUGAAAACGAAAGGAAAAUCACCAUUUUCUGUAAA